GCCUUCCCGGGUGGGAUAGCGAGGAGCGCUUCUCUGGGACCUGGGUGACAGUCGGGCGGCAGUAGCUUCUGGCCCGCGGGAGAGCUGCUGCGGGCUGCGGAGGUCCCCGGCUCUAGGCUCCUCCUCCUGCCGGCCCCCCACCCUCCCCAUCUCAGCUCUGCUUUGCAAGGCUUCCCGGAGCAGCCUUGGAGCAGCGGCAGGCGCAGCGCAGGCAGCAGGAGGAGCACAGCCGGCCAGCCGCGCCGAGCCUUCGGGCAGCGGCGACGGCGUGCUAGAGCAGUCCGGGAGGCGCCGCGGAGCCCGGCGCACCCUGCACAGCUAGGAAAGAAGAGGACCCCAGGGGCUGCAGCCGGGAAAGGGGGAGCAAGUGCGUGUGAGUGUGUGUGUGUGUGUGUGUGUGUGUGUGUGUGGGAGAGAGAGAGAGAGAGAGAGAGAGAGAGAGAGAGAGAGAGAGAGAGAGAGAGAGAGGUGUAGGGAGGAGGAGAGGGCAGGGGAUUCGAGGGCGCAGCCCCCUGGAUGCCCCCGCCGGUACUCAAGGUUUUCCCGCGUGGGAGCCGGCUCCCUGACGUCGCUCACCAUGGACUUGCGCGGAGUUGAAACCGGCCAAAGCACCAACCCGCAGUUGACUGCCCAGCCCUGGGGCAUCGCGGGUGCGCGCAAGGGGAUGGCAAGGUAGGAUGGACGCCCAGCGCGACCACCGCCGCCCCAACGCAGCGGUCCCCGGGCGGUGCCGCUGACUCUCCAGAGCGCACAGGCGUGUGGGCGGAGGCGGCCCCGCUUCGCCCGCGUCUUCGCGAGUCGCUUUGCCUCUUCCACCUACUCGCACCUGCCACCGCGCCAGACCAUGUCGAAGGCUGCUGGAAGCACAGGGGCGGCGACAGAAAGUUGUCCCCCAGCCCCGGCUGGUUCGUCCCCCGCCGCCGCGGUGGAGGAUCUGUCCAAAGUAUCAGACGAAGAGCUGCUGCAGUGGAGCAAGGAGGAGCUGAUCCGCAGCUUGCGGCGCGCCGAGGCAGAGAAGGUGAGCGCGAUGCUGGACCACAGCAACCUCAUCCGUGAGGUGAACCGUCGCCUGCAGCUGCAUCUCGGAGAAAUCCGCGGGCUCAAGGACAUCAACCAGAAACUCCAGGAGGACAACCAGGAACUGAGGGACCUCUGCUGUUUCCUGGAUGAUGACAGGCAGAAAGGCAAGAGGGUGUCCCGAGAGUGGCAGAGACUGGGCCGCUACACGGCUGGGGUGAUGCACAAGGAAGUGGCCUUAUAUCUGCAAAAGCUGAAGGAGCUGGAGGUGAAGCAGGAGGAGGUGGUGAAGGAGAACAUGGAGCUCAAGGARCUCUGCGUGCUCCUGGACGAGGAGAAGGGCGCGGGCUGCGCYGGCAGCCGCUGCUCCAUUGACAGCCAGGCCAGCCUGUGCCAACUCACUGCCUCCACCGCAGCCUAUGUGCGGGAUGUGGGCGAUGGCAGCAGCACCUCCAGCACUGGCAGCACUGACAGCCCUGACCACCACAAGCACCACGCAAGCGGUGGCAGCCCUGAGCACCUGCAGAAGCCCCGGAGUGAGGGCAGCCCGGAGCACUCCAAGCACAGAAGCGCCAGCCCUGAACAUCUACAGAAACCCAGGGCCUCCGGGACCCCAGAUCACCCCAAAGCACUCAAAGGACCCAGCCCCGAGCACCACAAACCGUUGUGCAAGGGUAGCCCGGAACAGCAAAGGCACCCACACCCUGGAAGCAGUCCUGAAAUGCUGCCCAAACACGUGCUGAGCGGGAGUCCAGAACAUUUCCAGAAGCACAGGCCAGGGGGCAGCCCGGAACACGCCAGGCACAGCGGAGGGAGUCCCGAGCAUCUUCAGAAACAUGCCCUUGGUGGGAGUCUGGAGCACCUACCCAGAGCCAGGGGCACCAGCCCCGAGCAUCUCAAACAGCAUUUUGGGGGGAGCCCUGAUCACAAACACGGAGGCGGAGGCAGUGGUGGAGGCAGCAGGGAGGGCACCCUCAGACGGCAGGCGCAGGAGGACGCGUCACUCCAUCACCGGAAUGUCUACAGUGGCAUGAACGAAUCAACCUUGUCCUAUGUUAGGCAGCUGGAGGCAAGAGUAAGACAGCUGGAGGAAGAAAAUCGCAUGCUGCCCCAGGUUGUGUGGAGGAAACUUGGAGAUGCUGCAGGUUCGUGUCCUGGAAUUAGGCAACAUUUAUCAGGAAACCAGUACAAAGGACCCAUGUGAGAAGCCAGCCCUCUUUUUUUCAAACCUGAGAUCACCACUGCCAGAUGGAGAUAAAGGAAGAGAAGAGUGGAUUUCCACAAACCUGGACUCAUGGAAUAAUAUGGAGUGAUUGUACAUUGCACAAAUCUCCCCUCUGAAACCACCCUCAGUACCAUACUUCCCCCAUCAAGCUGAUAUUCUGUGUCUCACUUUAGUGUUCAUGACAAACAAGUUAGCUUUGGGAAAAAAGAGUCACCAUUUUGGUACCACUGUUUUCAUUAGAACAAAAGCAUUUUUAACUCCCCAGAACUGAGAAUUGGGAAACCUGCAUGGUUGGAAAGAGUUGACUCAUAGCAUACAAUGGGUGGGAACUUUCUACCAAGCUGUAUUGGAGAGGUUUGCCAGCUACCCAAAGUUGAGAGUUGGGCACCUUCUUAUACUUCCCUUGAGAAAAGUUCCUGAUGCAUCCUUUAUUUGGAUGCAAAUAGAUUUGAUCUCUGGGGUUUUAUUUUGAUUUGAGGUGCUACGAAGACCACAUCAUUUCUCUUAGCCAGCUAGAAGGGUAGCAAGAGUUUGUAGAGUGCCUAUCAUAGUACCACUUACUUUGAUUGAUCAAAAAAUACCUUUUAAUCUUGAUGAGUUGCUCAUAAAAGCACAUUCUGGGGACAGACCAACCUCUACAUUCAUUCAGUAUAUCAAUUUCAACUAAACAUAAAUUUUUGUAAGUGUUUUGAGCUGUGAGAUGUCAAUUUCUACAAUUUAGUUUCUAGACAUGCUGUAUAUUUAAUAAACUUUAUGUAAACUUUACAAUAUUGCACUGCAUUUAUUGAAAAAAGCUUUCUUUGCCUACCGCAGCUAUCUAGCAUUUUCUGAAACUAACGCAUGUCCUUCAUUAUUAAGGCUAAAAGCUCUUCAGAUUGCUUGAGGUUUGAAACAGAGGUGUGUUAGCUUUGCUUAGUUUAUUUCCUAUUUUUGGUAUAUAUACAUAUAUUAGAAUGUGUAUUGGAAAUGCUACGAUAGGUAUUUGUGUUUAUCUAAAUGCAAUGAUAGUUUCUUGUAUGAAUGUGCAAGAGGCCUGUGACAGAAUGCUACGUUUUUACUGUAGUUCAAGAUUACAAAAGUAGGGAUGCAACAAUUUUUAGGCAUCUUCUAAAUUAUUCAGAUUUGGUUCGUAGCAAAUAUUCAUUGUUUUAAAGUGGGCCCAUUACACAGUGUAUUAAUGCUCAAUGGUGAGAGAAUGUAGAGGGAUUUCAUUAGACUUUAAGAAAGAGCUGUUUUUCAUCAGUUACCCUAUUUUCAGAAAAUAAUUUAUUAUAGAAUUAUUUCUAUCACAAUUGGGUUAGUUUAAGCUGCUUUCUUUUAAAAUGUAUUUUUAAGUAUUACUGUGUUAAAUUGGUUGCUAUAUUUACACCUUCUCUCAUAGAAGUGCUUUUAUCCUUAAAUUGUUGUAUUCCUACACUCGAAAAUGUUUAAAACAAGUUUUUGUGCCUGCAGCUGAACCUGCAGAAGCUAAUACAAGGGACGCUGGUCUUUUGCAAAAUACUUGUGUAAAUUUUGAUACUGUAUUAAAACUAUUUUUUUAAAGUACCACAUAAAAUUGAGUAUUAAGUAUGUGUUCA